AUGGCUUCAGCAGGGGAUGAGAGGCGGCCAGGGACCCAGGAAAAGACGGCUGUGGGGCUGGCACAGCUCACUGAGGUGCCCACUGGCUACGCUCAGAAUUCUGAGUGUCCAAUGAUGGGAGACCAGUGCCUGGAGCCAGCCCUUGCGGCCUGCCAGACCCAGGGUGAAGACAAGUGCCCAACAGGAGCAGUCUCAGAGCCAGAGCUCCUGGAGGAAAGACCCAAGAUGGAGGAAAAGAGGCUCAAGCCAGUAGCAGAGGCACUAGAGGAGAGAGGCCCCAGGCCUAUAACCUCCAUUGUGAAGCCCAAUCAUGGUCCGAAGAGGAAGCCUGUCUCCUUGUCCCCCAGUCUCCCAGGAUCCAGCCACCAAGCCCAUCUUAGGGCUGAAGCUGAGCUGCCACAAGGGCUGCUGCUGCAGAAGGAGGAGCUGGAGAAUAGCCAGAGUGAGCCCUCACCGUCUGCUAAACAGCACAAAAAAGCCAAGAAGCGCAAGAGUCUAGGGACCCCAGCGCUCCCAGUGGUAGCCAGCACAGUGUCUGUGCCUUCAGAGACCUUGGGGCUGGAGCGAAAGGCCCAGCGCCUGCGGCCCCUGUACCAGUACAUCAACUAUUGCAACCCUGAGCUGAACCAGGCAGGGGAAGGGGACAGGGAGGCCGAGGCUGAGGUGGAGCCGACCCUGGUCCCUGAGGAGGCAGGUGUGGAGCAACUGCAGGCCUUGCUGCCCAUGGCAGGUGAGCUGGGCCCAGGCCUCACUUUGCCCUGCCCCAAUAUGUUUGUGUGCCCUGCUCACCCUCUGGUUCCCCUGGGAGAGGAAGCUGGAGAGGAGCCUGGUGGUUUGCCCAGCUUGGGGGUCAGCAGUCAUCUCAAAGCCGAGGUAGACAAGUCGACUCAUGUGGACAUUAACAAGAUGCUAAGUGUCUGCGCUGCCCCACUAGUACCCCCACUCUCUCCUCAGUACAAGUGA